AUACACUUUUCAAAAUGCCAGCUCACCUGGUUAGUAAAAUACCUACCUGCAAAGUGUUCCGAUCCGCCCCCUCUUUGUUUUGACACUCGUGAUAUCGUAGUUUGCUGGCAAAUUGUGCGUAAACACCUCGUUAUUUAUUUUUAUGAAAAAUGCGUGUACUUAAAUAAUUCAUCUAUUUUUAAACGCGAACCAAACUUGCACCAAAAUGAGUGAGAAUAAUGUGUCGUCGAAGAAGGAAAUAGGCCAAGGCGAUAGUGUCAACCCUGCACCCCAACCUGCACCCAGUAAGGCCUGGGUGCAGUUUGACGAGGAUGGAAACGGCAAUAAUAAAGAUACACCAGCUGUGAUAGCGACAGAAAGUGUGCAAGUUAAUUUGGAAAGAAGCAUAAGCAAACCCGCGGAAAAUAAUGUCGCGGUUUUGGACCCAAAACCCAUGAGAAAUGUGGAGUUACCAGUUGCUACCGUUGAACCUAUUCGACAAGGAUUCUCUAAUGGUGAUAUUAUUGUAACACUUUUGCCUGUAAAUACGCGUUUUCCGUGGAUAACACCAGCUCUAUUCCGUCCAGAAUUAGUGCCUGAAGAGCUAAUGGCCCAAGGUUUGACUCUGACUGUGGAAGAAUACGUCCAAGCCAUGGAACUCUUAGUCAACGACUACCGAUUCACGCUAUACAACGUGUGUUAUAAGCGUGUCCUCGUCGUAUGGAUCAUCCUUGCAUUCUCCGUACUAUUCGGUUUAUUAUUCUCAGGUUUAUCUGGUCUUACACUUUUCGGAUUAGGAAUCGGUUGGUUAGUUUUAAACGCAGCUGCAAUUUUCUUCUCAAUGUGGAUAAAAUUCAAGUUAUCCCGAAACUUGGAACGAUGUCUGGCGCAUGUAAAUAAACAAUUACUCAGACAUAAAAUUGUGAUAGCACUCGACGAUAGAGGAAAAAUUUCGUGUCACAAAGUCAAUCUUUGCUUCUUGUACAUGGAUUCGGCUCCGUGUAUAGCACAUUUACAAACGAGCAUCGAUCAGCAGGAAAGAGACCCGUCGAAUGGGUGGGAGCAGAGGAUGGACAUCACAGCCCAUGACAUUGUUAUUCAAGGAAGUCGAACGACGAGGUUAUCCAGGAAACAGGACCGGGCUGAGCAGUUGUUCUUGCGCUAUUUGCAAAGGUGGGGAAAAGAUUUUCUCAGGAGACGUUUAGAUUGGACUGUGGACGAAAUGUUGGGGAAUCCGUCCAAUCCUCUCCACGUAAAUUCAUCACUAUGUCCCUGUCAGUACGUCGAGGAGAUACUGGCAAAUAAACCGCCAAGAUCUGAUAGAGAUUGCUGCCCGAUUUGGUCGCGCUUUUUGGCCAGCCGAGGCAUCGAUUAAGUAAUUUUACGAAUCUUAUGCACUUUUGUUUUUAUUACUUUUAUAACACACGGGUUCUUUUCAUUCACUUGACGGGUUGAGGAAAAUUAAUACUGCCAAAUUCGAAUAUCACACCUCUCAAACAUUCCAAUUUUGUAUAAAAAACCAUCACCCGAAAUGUUUGUUUUCAGGAAAGGGCAACAUUGUUAUAUUUACGGUAUGCAUCUCGUUGGGGUCGUAGUGUUGUACGUGGAUUAUUAGUAAGUCCACCGGCCUCAGGGGGUCGUCAUUGUCCUUCACAUACUUGUCCCUGUCAAUUUAUAGAAGAACAUCUG